AUGCCAGUAACAGAAAUAGAUAAGAAGAAUCAGUCACUAGACCAACAAUCUCAGUCUGAACAUUCACAAUCACAAACACAAUCACAGCCAUCUUCAUCCCAACCACCUCAACAGCAGCUAGAAUCACAACAACUGCCUCAUGUUGAUGAUAUAGAGUCUACCAACAAUCUAAUUGAUAGUUUAACUACUCAACAACAACAAGAACAGUUAUUCAACAAAUUACAACAAUUGCAUCAGCUGCGCAAUCAAGAUUUCGUGUCCGAUGAUGAAAUUACACAAUCACACUUCACCGAUAACUCCACCUAUUAUGGCCCGUUACACGACAAUUUUUUUUUCAAUUCUCAAUCGCAAUCACAACCACAACACCACCACGAACAUAACCACCAACGUUACCAUCCCCUUUCUCAACAGCAACAAGAACAACCCAAUAAGUUGUUACUGUCGGAAGACAACUCACAUGUUAUAGAUAGCGAACAAAAUACAUUGUGUCCAGUAAUUCAUAACGGUGGUGCUUCCUUCAACUUGCCGCCAGAAAAUGGUGACCAAAACCACAAACACGAUCUCGAACUACAGUUACAUUUAAAACAACAGCAACAAGAGGAAGAGAAACGUCUUCGACAACAGCAACAAGAAAGGGAAUUAAGGUUAAACAGUCAAGUGAGGAAAGGGUAUUCUUUAGAUUAUUUUGAUCAAUUUAAUAAUGUGAGUAAUGUUAUAAACAACUAUCAAACAUCAGUGUUUAAUAAUAGAUAUUUACAACCAAAUUCCCUGUUUAUUGGUGAACAACAAUCUGGCAAGGCAAGUUUCCACAUUAAAGUUGAAUUUAAGACUGUUGAUUUAUUCAAUUCGAUGGUGACUGGUUUUUUGCAAAUAAAUGGGUUAACCGAUAAAGAUUCUGAAAUCACGACAUAUUUUAAAGGAGAAAUCAUAAAUAAUCCAUUAAAUCAUUUUACAUCGAGAAACAAUAAUGUUGAAAGUGAAUAUGACGUUGGUGCGAACAGUUUUGAAAACCAUUCCAUACAGAAAUAUUCAUUUGUAACGGAAAAUAAACAAUGGGGGUCAUUUGCUAAAAAUGAUUUCGAGCAUUGGAAGAAAUUGACUCAAUCAACUACAUUUUUAUCUGAUGAAGAAUUGAUGAAACGAUUAGAAAAAGUUCAGCGAGGAGAACAAGAUGGUCAAUAUAUUUAUAUGAGAUGGAAAGAAGAAUUUUUGUUGCCCGAUUCGAGAAUUAAACAAAUAACAGGAGCUUCAUUUGAAGGUUUCUAUUAUAUUGUUUUGAAUAUUGGUGGUGGUGGUAGUGAUAAUGACCGUUAUGGUAAGACUAGGUCCUUGUCUAAUUCAUCAUCAUCAUCAUCAUCUUCUUCUUCUUCUUCUUCAUUAUGUGAUGGAUUAUUACCUGGUGGUAUAAGUGGAUUGUAUUAUCAUAAAUCAUCAGAGAAAUUCCAAUCAUUAUCACUUCGCCAUGUUAAUGAUAAGGAAGAUAUUGGCACUUUUGAUUUUCUUUAG